AUGAGACUUUUCAGCUCAAUAUGCGCCCUCACAUCGGCGGCUCUACUGGGGUGCAAGGUCGUCAACGCCAUUUCACUUGAUUUAAAUGACGAUACGUCGAUCAAGAACGCCGCCGCAACUGUGGCAUAUGGAAUGAUGAAAUACUACACUGGUAAUCAUACGGGUGACGUCGCAGGCAACCUUCCAGCACCGUACUACUGGUGGGAAGCUGGUGCUACAUUCGGCGCUAUGAUUGAUUACUGGUAUUACACUGGCGACACUUCCUACAACGACGCCGUGACCGAGGCCAUGUUGCAUCAGGCAGGCCCAGACAACGAUUACAUGCCAAUUAACCAGACAAAGACCGAGGGUAAUGACGAUCAAGGCUUCUGGGCUCUCGCUGCAAUGUCCGCUGCCGAGAACAAAUACCCUGAUCCUCCGGCUGACCAGCCUCAGUGGCUUGCACUCGCUCAAGCGGUGUUCAACGAGCAGGCAUCUCGUUGGGAUCCCUCUACUUGCGGAGGUGGUCUCCGAUGGCAAAUUUUCUCGUUCAACAACGGUUACAAUUAUAAAAACACCAUCUCGAAUGGCUGUUUCUUCAAUUUGGCUUCGCGCUUGGCCAAAUAUACCGGCAACAAGACGUACUCUGACUGGGCGGCCAAAUCGUGGGAUUGGUCCUAUAGCGUCCAGCUGAUCAGCUCCGACUACCACUUUUUUGAUGGAACGGACGACACCAUCAACUGCUCACGUGUGGACCAUUUGCAGUGGACUUACAAUGCUGGAGUGUACCUUUUGGGUUCGGCGGUUAUGUGGAACUUUACCGAAGAUCAAGUUUGGAAGGAUCGCGUCAAUGGCAUCCUCAAUGCCACUGACAUCUUCUUCCAAACCAACCCUGCAAAUGUAAUGUACGAGGUGGCCUGCGAGCCCCAGAACACCUGCAACACAGACCAGCGAUCGUUCAAGGCAUACCUUUCGCGAUGGAUGGCGGCCACCACGAAAAUGGCACCCUGGACCACCGAUUAUAUCAUGACCAGGAUCAAUGCAUCUGCUCAGGCAGCAGCAGCACAAUGUAACGGAGGUACAGACGGAGUCACUUGUGGCCUGAAGUGGACCCAAUCUACAUGGGAUGGGCAGUACGGUGUCGGUGAACAGAUGAGCGCCUUGGAGGUCAUUCAGUCAACGUUGAUUGGCAAUGCUCCCGUGCCCGCGUCCAACAUGACUGGAGGUACGAGUAAAGGCAACCCAUCUGCUGGCAGCGGCGGUAGCGGUGGCAGCAGCAACGGUGGUGGGUCUUCAGGACUUCCCGGCGAAUCGAACAAGCCCAUCACAACGGGUGACAAAGUAGGUGCUGGUUUCCUCACGGCUUUUGUCCUGAUUGGCGUCAUUGGCGGCGCCUUGUGGAUGAUCGUUUAA